ACUGGGCUAAAGACUAACGGGCCGCUAGGAAUGAACGUCUAGACGGACACCUUGACAAACAAGGUGGGCUAAAAGAUUGAAUCCAAUCGAUUAGUUAGUCCAACUCAAGAGCUUAUAUACCGGUUAUUUUACUCUUGAACUUCCGAUGUGGGAUGCACUCUAACAGUACACUCUUGAACUUUGAUUGUUUAAAGAAAUAAUCCGAUGUUAACGAUUGAUGCUGUUCCAGACCUUUGUUUUCCCACUGCAUUCAGAAGCUUCCACUCCAUCAGAGAGUAGCUUUCUCCAUGACCUCACUUCAGUGUCAUCUGGGAUUUCUUCUGAUAUAUACACAGCUAGCACUGCUUCUUCAACCUAUUUGUGCCAGAGUGCUGAAGAAAAGACUUCCAUGGAGGCAGAAAUAGCAACCAAGCAUCUAAGACAGGCACAAUUUCAGUUCAUGAAAUCUGUUGGCAUUGAUCUGCAGUCCAAGAGACUUGUGGAUGCUUUGGUGGAGGUUGUAGUGCAAGAGGUCUGUGGUUCGACCCGAGAGAAGAAUUGGUCUAACUCCCUUAUUUUGAAGAAGAUGUUCCUAUUGGUGUCACUGAUUUUCCCACUGGUCAUCCUUGCUGUUCUCUUCACUUCACUUUACACUUCCAGUGCAACACAGCCCUUCCUUGGUCCUUUGCCAACCUGAAUGGUCCACACAUUACAUGAUUACGGAUUACCAGAGAAAUGUCAAGUUGUGUGUAUUGGACCUCUCUUUAGCCAGCAAUAGGCGGGGGCUUUUGGAGCAUGAGGUUGAAUUAGCGCGUACGGUAGCGGACCAAGAGGGCUUUUCGGAACAAGAGGGAACCAAUAUGCAUCAAGGUUUGCCAGCGUAAGAGAUUGAAGAAUUUGGAAAAAUAACUCGAGACCGGUAGGGAGACGAUCCAUGAGAUCGUUGGAAAAAGGUGCCAUGAUGAAGCUGACGUAGAGGAGGCCGACGAGGAUCAGCCGGAAGAGGCGGCGAUGUGGGGAGAGAGAGAGAGAGGAUCAAGAGAAACCUUCAUCGAAUUUUUUUCUCAGUAUCAACGAUGAGGAGAGAGAGAGGGAUCAGACUCUAAUACCAUGUUGAAUAUUGAAUUAUGGAUUUUACUGUGUUUAU